CAUGCGUCGUUGAGCAUCAACGGUCAAUCAAGAGACUCGGUUGAGUCUCGCGCCAAGUACAGACAACCAGCUGUGCAGGCACUUCUGUACUUGGCAUAGUUCUUUUACACGUGUGUUUUUUGGGGGGUUCUUGUAUGCAUUUACUCUGAAUGUACUUGCUAUUGGAGUUGUAUAUUGUUUCGGUGGAUUAUUGUUUUAUUUUAAACAAACCAUGGAAGCACUUUGGAAUAAAUUGAACUUAGAACGUCCACCAAACAAUACUUGUUCUAUUUUAUCACAUAAAUUUGAUAGCAACGCGUUCUCCCGUAUUCUGGAUAAUGCUAUAAAGGAUCUAGAUUCUCAGGAUAUUCUACACAAAGAAGCUGCUAUUCUCAGUCGUUUAAUCUAUCGUUUUAAGAGUAAAUUUCGAAGUGAUAAGGGCUUGAAGAAUAUGGAAAAGUUAAACCGAGCCCUUCUCAACUACCUGAAUCUGGCACUAGGAACUGAAUAUAAACAUUUGAGAGACUGUAUAGAACAUAAUGGCAAAACUGUUUCUUUACCAACUCGACAAAUGGUGGAAUAUGUUCUUGUCAAGACACAAGGGUUCAGUAAACUUAUGGUUCGUGUUGAAGAGGUAGCUACACAAGCUGCCAAAUUCUUUAAAACAAGGAUUGGUUUAGGUCAAGCAUGGGUGAUGUCCGUGAUAGGCUAUGCUGUGAUCAGCAGAAUUUGGAUGUUGUCACGGCAUAUGGUUAAAAGAUGUUGCGAAUGGUACAACAAUGUUUACUAUUAUUUAAACAAAAUUCCAAGCAUUGGAGUACCUUGGAUUCCUAAUAAUUAUAAACUUCCCAGCAACCUCACAGUUUGGAUUGCUGUACCAUGGAUUACCGAAGAAAUUAAAAGUGUUCCUAUGCAUGAAAAAGGAGCAGAGACUAUAUUCAACCUUAUCACACCACAAAAUGAUGAUGCUGAAGUAGAUUUAAUAUUCGACGUUGAUGAUCUUGAUCAAAUUGCUAAACCAACAAAUUGCUUACAUGCGACUAUGUUUAACAAAAGAAUUGAUGAAAGGGCUGUGCAUGAAGAAAUAAAAAUUGAUCAUAGCCUCUCCUUAAUGGACGACAUUGGAAAGCCUAUCGAUCGCCAUGCUUUUGAGUCAGUGUGUAUAAAAGAUAAGAAUACAUUGGAGUCAAAUCCGAUGAAAUCAGUGAAUAAAACAAAAAAAAUUCUAAAAAAGCAGAAGCGAUCUCUCGUAUCGAAGAAAGAAAAAACAAUUCAAAUAAUGAAAGAAGAUACUCCUCCAAAAAUAAAAGAGAUCGUGACAGAGACUGACUUGAUUGACUAUUUAAAGAGGGACUCAUAUCCUGGUUUGGAUAAACUGCAGUAUAACAUAUUUAAAAAAACUUUAAGGAUGUAUUUAAUACGUAUAAAAAAGUGUGAACGUUCCGACGAAAAAAAGCGAAUCCGGUUACUUUCGCGAAUCAAUCAAAUUGUACAAGUUUCGCUGAACUGAUGUAACUUUAUUAGAUUUAUUUGA